CCAGGACCAGGAUCCCAUACUCCGAUCUAACGCGCUGUCUCCUUCCCUCAUGCGCCCACGAGGCCACGACAGAGCUGACGCAAAAUCGCUGCCCGCCGCGCCGACAAGCAACGUGGGUUCACCAGUAAACAAUUCAAAUUCGACUUCUCAGCUCGUUAAAUAUACGGUCGGCUCCGCUCGCCCCUUCCGCUCGACUCAAAUCGUGAAACUAUUGAGAAAAUUCCAUUCCAACGACAUCGAAGGAGCCUGCGAAGCGAGCGAGAGUCUAUAAUGGCGGACGGAGGCGAGCUGCAGCUGCUGGGCUCAUGGUACAGCCCCUACGUGAUCCGCGCCAAGGUGGCGCUGGGGCUGAAGGGGCUCAGCUACGAGUUCGUCGAGGAGGACCUCUCCCGCAAGAGCGACCUGCUGCUGAAGCUCAACCCGGUGCACAGGAAGGUGCCCGUGCUGGUCCACGGCGGCCGCCCCGUGUGCGAGUCGCUCGUCAUCCUGCAGUACGUCGACGAGACCUGGGCAGGCACCGGGACCCCUCUCCUCCCCGCCGACGCCUACGACCGCGCCAUGGCUCGCUUCUGGGCAGCCUACGUCGACGACAAGUUCUACAAGGAGUGGAACCGGCUGUUCUGGUCGACGACGGCGGAGAAGGCGGCGGAGGCGCUCGGCGUCGUCGUCCCCGUGGUGGAGACGCUGGAGCAGGCGUUCAGGGAGUGCUCCAAAGGGAAACCCUUCUUCGGCGGCGACGCCGUCGGGCUCGUGGACAUCGCGCUCGGGAGCUUCGUGGUGUGGAUCAGGGUGGUGGACGAGGCGGCCGGCGUAAAGCUUCUGGACGAGGCCAAGUUCCCGGCCUUGACGGCGUGGGCGGAGCGCUUCUUGGCGGUGGACGCCGUGAAGGAGGUGAUGCCGGACGCCGGAAGGCUGUUGGAGCACUACAAGGGGUUUCUGGCUAAACGGUCUCCACCUGCUGGUUACUGAACGCUGUAACUGUAAGCCUGUAACAGCAAGCUCAGUGUUCGUGUACUUUUCCGUGCGUUAACGUGUACUAGAGUUCAGGAAAGGCUUUGAUUCUGUCCAGAGUCCAGACGAAUAAACGAAUGUUUUUUAUACUUCCUCCGUUGCAAUUUAUACUUUAUUUGACUU